AUGGAGAUCCACGAAGCAAAGUUUCUCUGCAGCUAUGGCGACGAGAUCAAGCCCUGCGGGUGCAUCAAUAAGCUCGCCUACGUCGGUGGCACCAAUAAGCUUCUUUAUGUUGACCGUGGAAUUGACUUCAGAGCCAUGGUUGCCGAAAUCUCCAGCCUCUUUGACGGCGCCUGCAACGGCGAUUACUGCUUCAAAUACCAAGUCCCCGGCAGCGAUGAUCUCAAUGCUCUCGUCUCCGUCACCAACGACAGAGACCUCCACAACAUGAUGCUCGUGUUCGAUCAACUCUACCGCGAUUCCCCUAGAUUCGCCCGCAUGAGACUCUUCCUCUUCCCAAACCCUAACAAACCUCUCGAUUCGGUUAAGCCAAACUCUAAUAGGCUAUCUUCGUAUCUUUGGAAGCAUGAAGUGUUUAUCAGCUUUAGAGGGAAGGGCCCUCUUACCGGAUUCAUGUUUGAAGUUUAUUAUAAGAUUGAAAUUAAUUUAUGGCGGAAGCUUUAG